UAUAACUACCUAUAUGUGGUCUGUCUCAAAAGGAUUUCAAGCUCUGUUUCUACCUCAUUUUCCUAUUUUCAUUACAGCACGCAGAAAGGACCUUCAUCAUGGUUCCGAUCUUGCUACACAUCAAAACAUUCAUAUUGGGCAGAAACCUUAUCAGUGCCUGGAGUGUGGAAAGAGCUUCCAUCCGAACAGGACUUCACAUCAAAUAAUUCACACAGGGGAGGAGCCAUAUCGGUGCUUAGAGUGUGAAAAGGCUUUUCAUGAGAACAAAAGUUUCACUUAUCAAACUCAUCAGAAAAUUCACACGGUGGAGACAACCUAUACACCCUUGGAGUGUGUGAAGAGCUUUGGACAAAACAGAACUCUCACUAAUCAUCAGAGAAUUCACGGAGAAGAGAAACCGUAUCGGUGUUUGGAGUGUGGAAAGUUCUUCAGCAGCAGGACAAAACUCACUGAUCAUCAGAGAAUUCACACAGGGGAGAAACCAUAUCAAUGCUUGGUGUGCGGAAUGAGCUUCACCCAGAAGAGGAAUCUCACCUGUCAUCAGACAAUUCACACAGGGGAGAAACCAUAUCAGUGCCCGGAGUGCGGAAAGAGCUUCCGGCAGAAUUUAACUCUGGCUUACCACCAAAGGAUUCACACCGGGGAGAAACCGUACGAAUGCUUGGAGUGCGGAAAGAGCUUCAUCCGGAAGUGCGACCUCACCUAUCACCAAAGAACUCACACCGGGGAGAAGCCACAUAAAUGCCUGGAAUGUGGGAAGAGCUUCAUGCAAAAGACGAGCCUCACUUCUCAUCAAAAAAUUCAUACCGGAGACAAACCGUAUAAAUGCUCAGAGUGCGGAAAGGGUUUCUGCCUCAACAAAGACCUCAUUCGCCACCAGAGAGUUCACACAGGGGAGAAACCAUACAAAUGCCUGGAAUGUGGGAAGUGCUUCACGCAGAAGACGAUUCUUACUGCUCAUCAGAGAGUUCACACAGGGGAGAAGCCGUAUCAGUGCUUAGAAUGUGGGAAGAGCUUCACACAAAAGGCGAACCUCACCUACCAUCAAGGGAUUCACACAGCGGAGAAACCGUAUCAGUGCUUGGCGUGUGGAAAGUGCUUCUGCCUGAGCAGGGACCUCACUUCUCAUCAGAGAAUCCACACGCAGGAGAAACCGUACCAGUGCAACGUGGGAACGGCAUCGAUACAAGGGCACACCUCCAUUGUCAUGAAAGAAUUCACUCAGGGGCAAAAACAUAUAAGUACCUGGAGUGUGGAAAGAGCUUCAGAUAGACUAUAACUCUUACUUAUCAUCAGAUGAUUCACUCAGUGGAAAAGCAUGUGAAUUCUGUGAGUGUGGAAAGCAUUACCAUAUGAAUUCAUGAAUUCAAGGCUCUCUCCUCCCCUUCCUGAACAUAUAGGGUU